AUGACAAACACACAACUGAAUAACAGCAAGCAAAGAAAGCAAUUCUCAUGUACUAGGUUGCAUACCUUGCCUCUUCCUAUGGGGAAGGAUAGGUCAGAGGAAUCUUCCCAGCAGAUGACCAUAGACUUUUGGGAGAGCUAUGACCCAGAUGUGGUUUGCAAUUUAGGAUUUGCUUUAAUUGCAUCUGAACCAUUCCCAGUACGAGCAGUUUGUUUUCUUUGUGGAAGUGCUGGUCAAGAACAACUUAUUCACUGUGCCUCAUGUUGCGAGCCAUACCACAGAUUCUGCCUGGAAGACGGCCUUCGUGAUCCAAACAUAAAAGCGUUUGGUAGCACCUCACUGUCAAACUGGGUGUGUCAACGCUGCACGGUGUGUUCUGUGUGUGGUAAUGGGAAAGGACAGCAGCUCAGCUGUCAGUGUUGUCAUCGCACUUACCAUACAGAUUGCCUGAGUGGUCGACGACUCCACAGUGCCAAUAGGCCAUGGGUAUGUUCAACAUGUCUCCGAUGCAAGAGCUGUGGUACUGAAAAUGUGACUAAUUUUGUGGGUAACAUUCCACUCUGUAAAGCAUGCUUUAAACUGCGACAGAAAGGGAACUAUUGCCCUUUGUGCCAGCGUUGUUAUGAAGAUCAUGAUUAUGAUACCAAGAUGAUGGAGUGUGUGAAAUGCAAUUGCUGGGUCCAUUCAAGAUGUGAAGGACUUUCAGAUGAAAAAUAUCAUAUACUCAGCUACCUUCCAGAUACUGUAGAGUUUAUCUGCAGGAAGUGUUGUGAGAAGCCUCCUGCUCCAUGGUGGUAUGCUGUUGAAGAAGAGAUGAAAGCAGGAUACCUAACUGUGCUGAAGUUACUGAGCAAAAAUCGUAAAGCUUAUUCAAUGCUCAGAUGCAGUCCAAAGAAACACUGUGAAUACCAUCCCAAUUUAAUAGAUGGUGAUAACAUAAAUACACAUUCGGAUCCCACUGCCAUUGGAAAUAUGUGCUUGGGUGAAAAGACUGACUCAAAUUGUGAAGACAACAAAUUUCUCAGUAUUACAGAUCUGCAUGUUGAAAAUGUGGAAGUAAAAAUGACGUAUGAAGUUGAUGAUGACAACAAUGAAUUUUUGGCAGAUUCAAAACGUGAUAAUAUCUGUGCCAGAGAUCAGAGAUUGUCAAAUCGUGAAUAUAAUUUGCAUAAUAGCUGUUCAGAAGAAAAAUGUUUUCCUCACUCCCAAGGGCAAACUGUUGUACCAUACCUGUCAGGAAACUCUCUUAGACUUUGGCGAGAGAAGUAUAACUUAAAAGAAUGUUCUGUUCGCGUAAAGGACUGUGUUUCCAAGUACUUGCAAAAUUCACUUUUCCCAGUUAAAAUUGAUGUUCAGUGUGCUGAAUUAUCUGAUACAUCUGCUUUCGAUACUACUAAAUCGCCUUCCAAAGUGCAUCAGGUUUCACUUGCGACACCUACAAGUGAUUCUGGCAUUAGCAGCACUGAUGAAGAAUUGAAAAUUUUGGGGGGAAAUGAUGCAGAGGAGCUGAAGGAACAUGCAUUAUCAUGUUUGGGUUUUGUAGCUUCCAGCCGUUUGCUGUCAUUAGAACAGUGUAGCAGCAGCAGCAGAAGCUUUGAAAAUUUUACUGAGGCCAGUUCCAAGAAAUUGUGCAGUGACGAUGUACCAAAGGAUGAGUUCCUCGAAUGCAACUGUUUGGAAAAUUUGAAACACAAGUCAUCCUUAACAUUUCUGUCUGUAAAAAAUAAAGUAAAUUCCAGUGAGUACACAUCAGUUCUGCAGUUUCAUCAGGAAAUGGAAGACAUCCUAAAUAAAUCUCACUGCUCUGAUUUACUUCAGCUAUAUUAUCAUAAUAUGCAGGAAGUUUUCCCAUGGUUUAACCCUAAAUUUGCACGUGUUUCAAAUAAUCCUGUUUCUGAACGUAACUCACAACCAAGUAAGAGGAGAAGAAUCAUUUCAGAAAAAUCUGGCAGUGAUGAUCAUAAUAGUUCAAUGGAAGUGUCAAUAUUGGAUGAUUCUUUUCAUGCUGUUCCUGAUAAAAUGUUAGGGAAAUCCUUGGAUGAUUUCUACAGCGGGUAUUCUGUCCAGGAUAAUAGAGUUUGUGUCCUUUGUAAAGGUGUUGGUGAUGGGUUGCCCGCUGAAGAAGGCAGACUUUUGUACUGUGGACAGAAUGAAUGGGCACACACAAACUGUGCUCUGUGGUCAGCAGAAGUGUUUGAGGAAAUUGAUGGAUCGCUACAGAAUGUUCACAGUGCAAUGUCUCGAGGCCGUCAGAUACGAUGUGAUCAUUGUGGAAAAAGAGGUGCAAGUGUAGGAUGUUGCACACGAAAUUGUCCAGAAACCUUCCAUUUCCCCUGUGCGAGGAAAGUGAAUUGCACUUUUAUGGAUGACAAAAAUGUUUUCUGCCCAUCGCAUGCAAAAGGUGCCACUGGUAAAGUUCUGCACAAUGAAUCAGAUUUUGAAAUAUGCCGCCCAAUUUAUGUGGAACUAGACCGUAAAAAGAAGAAGUUUGCUGAACCUAAAAAGGUUAGGUUAAUGAUUGGUUCACUUUCAGUUGAAAAUAUAGGAGAAUUUGUUAGUGAAGUUUCUGAUACUCCAGAGGCUAUUAUACCAAAUGGGUUUUCAUGUACAAGAUUAUUUUGGUCUUCAAUAGAACCUUGGAGAAUAGUUCGAUAUCACAUUAAAACUGUGCUAUGUAAUAAAAACGAAUCUCAGUCUCCCGACUGUGGAAAAAACAUGACAGUAGAUCAUAGUCAAGAAAGGCAUGUAGUCGAGGAAAAACUAAAUGAAAUUUCCAAAUGGAGACAUGAAAUUAAAACAAAUGACACAAAGAAUCUGAAAGCUAACUCAAAAUUAUCUUUUAAAAUUAAUCAGAAGAAAUUUUCCAAAUUUAAAAGACGAAUUCCGUACCACAAGUAUCAGAAUAAGCGAAAGUGUCAUUCACUUGAUGAUAAAAUUGUUUAUCAGGUUGUCAAUUACAUGUUAGACAUAGUGAGCAAUAAAGAUUUUGAUGAGAAUUCACUUCAUGACUCACAAAGUGCAGCUGAUCAUUUGCCUCCUGAAGUAAAAGAAGCUGUCUUUGAAGAUCUGCCUCACGACCUUAUAGAUGGCAUUUCAAUGCAGGAUGUAUUACCUAAGCUGAUGAUAUAUGAAGAAAUGGGAGCUAUGGAGAAAAGUGAUGGAUUUUAUGGGAAUGAUCCAUCAGUGACAGAAAAAGAAAUUAGUAGUACAGAUGAGGCUAAUCUAGUAAAUAAUCACCAUAUGGGAAAUGCCAAAAAAACUGGUUUUCUAGAAGUGAGUGUGCAAGAUCAAGAUGAUUUGUGCCACAAUAGCACUCUUUCAAAGCAAAAAACAAAGCAAAAUAAUGUUGUCCACAUUACAUCUGAUGAACCUCCUAAAAGACGGAAACGAGCGUGUAGUACGACAUGGAAUUGUAAACCUGAUGGCAACUACUCUUCAGCAUACAAAAGACGGAAACUAUCUCACACCGUUGGAAGGAGUGUGUGUGAAAAUCCGUUUGUUGUUGUUGUUGAUUCAGAUGCAUCACAUACUUUGCAGGAAUCGCGCUUGCCAGAAUGUGUUCACGUAACACUUUCACGAUCACUGCCGUCGGGUGUUUCAUCUACUGCAACUGAGACACCUGCAGAACUCAAGUGCGGAGUCGAUGAGGAGUCUCCGUCGGACAGCAGUAAGGGGAAAGUCACACUCAGAAAGGAAGAAGGGAAGGAAAACAAAUUCCUACCUUGGAACGGCCACCCACAAACACGAUUCCUCCAGUUAGAUGGUACUGUCGAUCCCUUAAGUAGCAGUGGCAGUGAAGGUGGUCAAUCUCCUCGUUCUGAUGAUGAAAAUAAUUUUGGAGCUGUUUGUAACUGUAGCUCUAUCUCAAGCCAGGCGCACGGAAAGAGUUGGUGCAAGACAUAUGAUACUGAAGAAGAGUCAGUGUGCUGCUCUCAGUGUCGCUGUACCUACAGGACAAAGAAAAGUUUUGAGCGCCAUUUGUCAACAUGCUGCAAUGAUUUUAUGCUUUCGACAAGUGAAAGUGAUUCAGAAAAUACACGCUCUAGUGAGGAAGAAUGCACCAAAAAGCAGCAGUUUGAUACAACUGAAUCUUGUUGUAAUGUAGGUGAAAGUGUUCUGGGAGAGACUGAUGCCACAGAUUUGUCUGUGCGGAGUGAAAGUGUUGAGUGCUCUGCUGCACCACCUCAGAACUCACCUGUACAGUCACCAGCUCCACAUUCUGCAUUUCUUGGGACAGUACUUCCUCCCACACAGCAAAAUGCGGUUCAUUGUGUUUCUGCAGAGCAGACAAUGAUUGGUUGUACGCCAUCUUUAGACAUGUAUGGGACACAGCCAGGAGGAAUGCAUUUAGCUGGACAGCCUAUGUAUAUUUCAAAUUACGAGACAGUAGUCAGUAAUACAGUUAUGUCUUCAAGCCAACUUGUCUCUGCUGCUCUACCCGGUGUGGUUGCUGCGAGUAGCAGUUUUUCGGCAACUACGACACAAGUGUUUCAGGCUAGCAAAUUAGGAUCUGUAAUUGAAUUAACAUUAGAACCUGUUGUGGAAGUCCAGCCAAGUUACCUUAUUAUUAACCAACAAACUCCUAUUUCAAAUUCUCCUGUUAGAAAUACAGAGUAUGUAAACUGCCCACCUUCGACUGUCAGCAUGCAAGUGCCUUCGUAUGAUCACUCUUUCUUGCCAGCUCAACAAGUGUGCACAGAAGAUCAAGCUGUUCAGUACCCUGAAUCAUCUAGCACGUGUACAUCAGUUACAUUAAAGACAGUUAUGAGAAGUGAGAAUCGCAGGCGAACAAUCCCUGAAGUGACAAAGAUUGUGACACCCAAAUGUGCGAGCACCAGUGUUGAUGUGGCCCCCGAAAUGUCUAGUGUUGAGACUCCUAGGUGUGUGAACAGUGGUGGGCAUAUGUAUUUUGAAAUGUCAAAGGUCAUGACACCCAGAUGCGUGAGCAAUAAUGGUAGCCAGAAUUCUGAAUUUCCAAAGAUCAUGACGCCUAGACGUGUGAGCAGUAGUGUUGGCACAGAUCAUGAAUUUCCAAAGAUCAUGACACCUAGACGUGUGAGCAGUAGUGCUAGCACAGAUCAUGAAUUUCCAAAGGUCAUGACGCCCAGACGUGUGAGCAGUAGUGUUAGCACAGAUCAUGAAUUUCCAAAGAUCAUGGCACCUAGCUGUGUGGGCAGUAGUGUUAGCACAGAUCAUGAAUUUCCAAAGAUCAUGGCACCUAGAUGUGUGAGCACAGAUCAUGAAUUUCCAAAGAUCAUGGCACCUAGAUGUGUGGGCAGUAGUGUUAGCAUAAAUCCUGAAUUUCCAAAGAUCAUAACACCUAAAUGUGUGAGCACUGGUGUGAACACAUCCUUUGAUAUGUCAAAUGAUAAAAAACCUGAAUAUCCAAAGAUAAUGACACCGAGAUGUGCUAGCACAAAACCUGAAUUUCCAAAGAUCAUGACACCAAGAUGUGUUAGCACAAAUUCUGAAUUUCCGAAGAUCAUUACACCUAGACGUGUGACCAACUUCGGUAACGCCGUUUCUGAAUUUCCGAACGAUUCUGAAUUUCCGAAGAUCAUUACACCUAGACGUGUGAGCAAGUUUGCUAACGCCGAUUCUGACUUUCCGAAGAUCAUGACGCCCAGACAUGUGAGCAACUUUGUUAACGAUGAUUCUGAAUUUCCGAAGAUAAUGACACCCAGACGUGUGAGCAACUUUGGUAACGCUGAAUCUAAAUUUCCAAUCGAUUCUGAAUUUCCGAAGAUAAUGACACCCAGGCGCGUAAGCACUGGUGUCAACACGCCCUAUGAUAAAACAAAGAUCAUGAAUCCUAGACUUGGUGUCCACACACGUUUUGAAAUGGCAAGGAUUAUAACACCUAGGUGUGUGACCAGUGGUGUUAACACGAGUCCUCCUGCGUCACCUGUCAGAAAUGCUUGUGACAAAUGUUCAGGCAAGUCACAGUCUGACCGUGAGGACUGCCUUAUCCAAGCAGAGCAGCAGCUGUCUGAAAACAGUGGACAUCAGAUAUUCUGCACAUGUCUGCAAUCUAAUACCACUAUCCUUACAAAGCGUGCAGAAUCAGUGUCAACAAGAAAGAAAAACCAGAUUUGCUGUUCAUGCGUGUAUUGCUAUGCAUUUGAUGUUUGUUGUGCAUGUAAGAAGCGCUGUGAGGCAGCAAUAGUAGGACAAGUGCUGACGCAUGUAGUAAUGGAAGACGGGGCUCUCAGUUUGAAUCAAAAAUCUUCGGAUAUUCCAGCACAUCUGACAAAUAAUCCUAGUGAAUUGUGGGUAAUCGAUAGAGAACCUGACCACAGUCUAGAAGUUAGCACAGAAUAUAAUGAACCAAAAUGUAUUGCUAAUUUGCUGAAUCAAGCAAUUAGCUAUAACCACAAUCCUUCCUCUAAAGAUCAACUUUGCAAUAAUGAUAUGUCCACAUUCAAUACAUCAGCACCUACAGUCAUCAGUAGACUCCCUGGACACAAAGUAACAGAAUCUCCCUGCAGGAGGGAAACACUGUCACAUGGAAAAUACAAAAGAUUGGCUACUAGACAAACCAGUCCAGUUAAUGAUAAUUCAGUUGAAGAGCCAGAUAAAGAAGGGAACGGCAGGUCAGUGUUACACAUUACUGACGCAAUCCCACCCUCGAAAACAGUUGUAAACAGACAUAAUAAUAUCAAAGUUAAAGCUAGUAAUUUAUCUGACAAAUUGUCUUCAUCAAAACCUAUUUUGCAAAAGCAGGGAAAGUUCAGUACAUCUCUAACAAAUGAUGAAAGCCGUAUUUUGAAACUGCAGAAUGUUAAGUAUGUUGAUGUCACAGAAAGUGAUACCUUUGCAGAAGCUGUACUUGUGAACAGAGAUAAGGAGGAGGAGGAUGUAGAGUGUACCUCUGGAAUCAGCUUGGACCGUUUUCCAAAAAGAACACCUUCAUCAGAAUGUAACACUUCUGUCAGCAGCCCACAAUAUGAUGAACAGAAUGUGGCACGGCUGUACACUCAGAAAAAUUGUCCAGAAGAGAGGAAAUCCUUUUUCACAUGCAACACUGUUCCACAAGUAAAUUCUGAUGUGUCUGUAUAUAGCAGUGACACUGAAAAAGAAAGAGCAGCAUCUUCAUUGACAAAAGAUGACUGUGAUGGCAAUAAUGCUGGUGAUGCUUAUAGCGGAUUUGGACCUCCAAGUGACUGUAAUAUUUGUGGCAGUAUUGAGAAAGACAGUAGGCCAGAUAUACGUGAUUUGACUACUGAAAAGAAUGUCGAUGACACUGGUACUACCGGUUACAAUGAUGAAGAGGAUGACGAUACUGAAUGUUGUAAAGAUGACGACGAGGAGGAAGAGGAAGAAAAUGGUGACAAUGAUUGUGACGAAGGUGACGAGGAUGAGAAUGAAGAUGAUAGCGGUGACGAGGAUGAUAAUGGUGGUGAUGACAGUAGGGACACGUCUCUAGUAUACUGUAAUGGAGAAAAUUCUGAAGAAAAAUCAUCUUAUAUUAUGUAUGAAAUCUGUUCUCAAGAUGGUUUUUGUUGCACUUCAAAAUCGUUUAGUGAGGCAUGGCAGAAAGUGUUUGACGCUGUUCAGAAUGCUCGAAUUGUGAACAAAAUGCCACCACUACCACUGAAUCCAUUUAGUUUGAAGCAGAAAAGUUUACAGAUUCUCGGCUUGAAGCAUAAUGCUGUUAGAUAUCUCGUUGAACAAUUACCAGGAGUUGGUCGAUGUGUAAAAUACAAACCUCGUUACCACAAACAACGGACAUUACGACCAGAGGAUGACUUGGACACUUUGCCACCUCCUAAUAAAAGUGGAUGCAUUAGAACUGAACCUUUUAAAUCUCGAAGACCUUAUGACAUGUUCAGUUGGCUGGCCUCCAGCCACAGGAAUCCUCCGAAAUUUGUUCAACAAAAUGACAGCAAGUUAAUGAGUAACAGGCGUGCAACGAGCUCCAACCUGCCAAUGGCUAUGCGUUUCCGGAAUUUGAAACGAGCAAAUCCAAACAAAGCUGUUGGUGUUUACCAGUCGCAUAUUCAUGGAAGAGGACUGUUUUGUCUGAGAGAUAUUGAAUCUGGUGAGAUGGUUAUAGAGUAUGCAGGUGAAGUCAUUCGUUCAACUCUUACAGAGAAGAGGGAGAAAUUGUAUGAAUCAAAAGGCAUUGGUUGCUACAUGUUUAGAAUUGAUGAUCAGUUAGUGGUGGAUGCUACUAUGCGUGGCAAUGCAGCUCGGUUCAUCAAUCAUUCCUGUGAUCCCAACUGCUAUUCUCGGGUGGUGGACAUACUGGGGAAGAAACAUAUUUUAAUAUUUGCACUUCGUAGGAUUCCACAAGGAGAAGAACUGACAUAUGAUUACAAAUUUCCUUUUGAGGAUGUAAAAAUACCAUGUACCUGUGGUUCGCGAAAGUGCCGCAAAUAUCUAAACUGAAAUUCUCGUUUUGUGUAUAUGUAGAUAUGUGUGUGUGUGUGUGUGUGUGUGUGUGUGUGUGUGUGUGUGUGUGUGUGUGUUUGCUCUCGCGCUCACCCGUGCAUCAAUAUGAGCGUGUGGCUUGAAGACGAGAACAAAUCUCAUAACAAUUUUUCAUGUGCAAGGUGUUUGUAAAAGUGGUGACCAAAUAUACUCUUGUGAUAAAAAUUGUUGUAAAAGUGUAGUUCUUAAAGUAUUAUAUUUUAAAAUAUGAACUUUCAAGUGUGUUGUUGGAGGAAAUUUUUGGAAUAUUUUUGAGCUGUGAAAUGUGAUAGAUAUCCAAUGUGACAUUCAUUUUCAGUUCUUUGUUUAAUUUUCCUGUGGUUUUUUAAGUAACUGUAUUCUGAUAUAUAAUUUUGUAUGUUCUGUGUUAAUUGUGAUACUUGUGUAGGUCUGAGUUCCAGUGCAUGUGGGUAUGAACAUAAGUUUUAUUGCCCAGGCUGAAAACUUUGCAUGAACAGGGCAAAUUAUGGCAGACCUCUCCAUAUUUUUAUUUUGCUAAUGCAUUUUCCUGUU